UCCGCUACGGCUCUUCUUCCUUCCCGCAUCCCGGAGCUCCACUGCUCGGUGUCUUCUGCGCCUCCCGUUACCAGAGGCCCCGCGCCCGCAGGUUUCCAGAGUGCCCCCGGCCUCCGCCAGCUCCCUAAAGUCCCGGCGGAGAGCGCGUCUUCCUCCGUCCCCCGGCACCAUGGCCGCCACCGACGUGUCCACCAAUCUCCAGGAGGAGGCCACCUGCGCCAUUUGCCUAGACUACUACACCGACCCGGUGAUGACAGACUGCGGCCACAACUUCUGCCGCGAGUGCAUCCGGCGCUGUUGGGGCCAGCCCGAGGGCCCAUACGCUUGCCCGGAGUGCCGUGAGUUGUCCCCGCAGCGGAAUCUGCGGCCCAACCGCGCUGUCGCCAAGAUGGCCGAGAUGGCGCGACGCCUGCACCCGCCGUCACCUGUCCCGCAGGGCGUGUGUGCUGCGCACCGCGAGCCGCUGGCGUCUUUCUGCGCGGAUGAGCUGCGCCUGCUGUGCGCGGCCUGCGAGCGCUCUGGGGAGCAUUGGGCGCAUCGCAUACGCCCGCUGCAGGACGCAGCCGAGGACCUCAAGGGCAAGCUGGAGAAGUCCCUGAACCACCUGCAGAAGCAAAUGGAGGAUGCACUGCUGUUCCAGGCCCAGGCAAAGGAGAUCUGUGCACUGUGGCAGAAGAUGGUAGAGACCCAGCGGCAGAACGUGCGCACAGAGUUUGAGCGGCUGCGCUGCCUGCUGGUGGAAGAAGAGCAACAGCUGCUGCAAAGGCUGGAAGAGGAGGAGCUGGAGGUGCUACCCCCACUGCAGGAGAGCGUUGCACGCCUUGGGCAGCAGAGUGCCCAGCUGGCUGAUCUUGUCACUGAGCUGGAGGGGCGCUGCCAACUGCCGGCGCUGGGACUGCUGCAGUCCUGGAGUCUGGAAUAUGAGAUCCAGGUGUGGGCAGGGCUGGUUCUCCUGAGGCCUUUCUCCUUGGACAUCAUGGACACCCUGCACAGGGUCCAGGAUGUGAAGCUGCAGCCGCCCGAGGUGGUGCCCAUGGAGAUGAGGACGGUGUGCAGGGUCCCAGGGCUGGUGGAGGCCCUGCGGAGGUUCCAAGGGGACAUAACACUGGAUCCUGGCACUGCCAACCCUGAGCUGGUCCUGUCGGAGGACAUGCAGAGUGUGCGGCGGGGGGACCUGCGGCAGCCCCUGCCCGACAGCCCCGAACGCUUUGACCCCGGGCCCUGCGUGCUGGGCCGGGAGCCGCUGAGCUCAGGCCGCCACUACUGGGAGGUGGAGGUGGGUGAGCGGGCCAGCUGGGCUCUGGGUGUCUGCAGAGAGAAUGCCAACCGCAAGGAGAAGGGCGAGCUCUUCGCUGGCAAUGGGUUCUGGAUCCUGGUGUUCCUGGGUGGCUCCUACAACUCCUCUGAGCGAGCCUUUGCCCCGCUGCGAGACCCACCCCAGCGCGUGGGCAUCUUCUUGGACUAUGAGGCUGGGCACCUGGCCUUCUACAGCGCCACUGACGGGUCACUCCUGUAUGCCUUCCCCCAGACGCCUUUCUCAGGGACAUUGCGGGCCCUCUUCUCACCACUGUCCAGCAGCCCUACCCCCAUGACCAUCUGCCGACCCAAGGUGGGGCAUGGGAAUAGGAUGGCUCCCCAGUGAACAGGCCUCUCAGGAACUUGUCCUGUCUUUGGCUCUUCAAGGUAUCCUGAGCCAUGCACAAGUUCCCAGUGCUGUCUUGCCUGCAUAGUAAAACCCCUCUCUAGUUCCCAGGAAGCUCUGUGCAAACAUGUGCAGGGCUCGUGACAUCUUCCAGGGGACCCUCUGUGGCCAUCCUGUGUUGAGACCCCCAUCAGCAGCACAGAGCCUGAGGGAGGGUCCUGGGAGCUCUGCACAAGUCCAGCUGGUCAGAGGUGAGGCACCAGGGCCUGUGGAACUUUCUGGGGUUUCCGCCCCAGGGCUGCACCCACAGAGAACUGCUGUACUGUGAGGUUGCAGGCUGGGAGGUGAACCAACAAUCUCAGGGUCUGGUCUUAGAAAAUAGUGCUGAGUGUGGCUACCUCAUUAAUCAGGAUACAGCAGUCCUCAGGAGAGGAGGGGGCAUGGGAAAAGCCAGGGAAAGGUCACUUGGAGCAAAAAGUGCUGCACAAGGGGGCUGAAGAUCUUGGGUGCAGGAUCUCAAGCCCACCAGCAUGGACCACCCCAGGGUUCUUCAGUGUGCUCCUUCCUGCCUCAGAGCUGAGCACUAGCUCCGGAAAGAUGUUCUGGUUCUACCUAGGGAAGGGGUGAGGCUACACCCUGCCCCCCCGCAAGAACCUGGGAUUUGUUUUGGCUUGUUUCGGUGCUUCUUCACAUGAAGACAUGGUGCAGCAUCUCUGCACUCCAAGAUGGUAUUACCUGUUGUAAGGAUCACUCUCACAGUAAAUAAACUAACAUCUCGUCUGUGAUCCCACUGUCGUAAGGAGAGGGCGGGAGAGUCUGGCCAAGGCCAGCACUCACAGCACAGUUGGGGACACAACAGCUGCCUGGUCAUUUAAUGCAGCUACCACAGAAUUCUUUUUCAAAUAACCUGAUUGAAAAUUUUAGGUUCCAUGGUGUGCAAUAGCUAAUUCCUUGAUUAUUUAUUUACUGUUUCUCCCAUUGGACUUCAUUAUUUUAUGUAUGUACCACUUUGAGUAUCUUCACAAUUCAUUCAAAUUACAUAUAUGGGAGGUUUUUCUCUGUGGAGCCAGGAGUCUGCCACUUUUCUGGCUGGGGAAGUUUCCCCAUUCCUCUCCAGUUCACUGCCCAUAUCUUUCACUCCCAUGCGGCUGGGAUGGGGUUGAGAAUCUGAGGAUACUUGUUGGUUCCUGCCUGGAGCAAUAUUUGAACUUUAAAGUUGGGGACUUCCCAAAUGGCUACUGGAACCCACCCAGGAGAUGGGACAGCCGAGGGAUGAGAGCUCAUAGGAGUAUAUGACCACCCGAGAAUAGCAGGCCGGACACCUUGGCUGUGGCCCUGGAGCAAAGCUGGACAACUGUGAGGGGAGGCAAAUACUCUCCUACCCAUGUGAUUCUUGUUUGUGGCCCUGUAAUAAAAGAUCAGUGAGAAAAA